AUGUUUCCUCACCAACCCCCUUCCAGGUGCCUCCUGACAAUGCCUUUGCAUGCGUGCUUCCCCAGACAACAAUUGGUUGAACUGACUGGGGCCUGGAGCCCACAAGAACGCAGGACAUCCCAGAAACGAAUGGUCCCUGUUUCAGCCUGUUCGACGUCUCCCCUUCCCGUCUCCAAGCGACCCCCUGCGCGACCGAUUACCACGUCCUCUGCGCGCCCCCGACAGCCUCAGGAUGAGAUGUUCGACGUCAUGCGCCGCAGCGACGUCACGUUCACCGCCACCGGAAGCAAGGUGCCCAUCAUCUACGGGAAGGAUCUCCAAAACCUGGAGAGAAACCACAUGCUCGUGGACAUCUCGGUGCCCCUCAACGUCGCCGCCGAUUGCGCCGAGGUGGAUCGCGUGAGCAGUUACUCAGUGGAUGAUCUGAAGAAGGUGGUCGAUGCCAAUGCCAAGAAGCGGCAAAACGAGGUGGUCAAGGCCAACAAGCUCAUUACGGAAGAAGUGCAGAAGUUCAAAUGCUGGCAGGCAUCGCAAGGGGCGGUGCCCUACCUGGCUGCCUUGCAGGCAAUGGCUGAGAACAUCCGCCGCAGCGAGUAUGCCAAGAUGGAACACAAGCUGAAGGGUCUUCAAGAGACGGAGAAAGAGGCGCUGGACAAGCUCACCAGGCAUUUGGUCGACCAGCUCUUCCGGCCUCUCUACUACUCCAUGAAGGAAGAUGAGUCGCUCGCGGACAAGAGGAGUAAGAUCAUGGCCUUGCAGAACAUCUUCCGAUUGGAGCCCCUCUACAAGCGCGGACUCUUGACGCAGGUGGACGACCGGAGCUCGAACGCAGCGGAAAACAGCGAGCGAGCUCGAACGAACGCGGCGGAAAUUGUCCCCCCUGACUGGGCAACUGAACGUGAGGGGAGGCAGCAGUACAUGCACAACUCAAUGCCUGAAGGCGUGCCUCUUUGGGGAUGCUUCUGUGGAUUGAAGCUACUGAAGAUCGCAGUUCUCGUGCCCAGGAAGUGCUUCUUUGGUAUCAUGGCUGCCUAUGGCUCAUCCAUGGAUUCCACGUCUUCUCAACAAGGUUCCGCAACGAGCGAUGCGCCUCAGCCGACAGCGAAAGCCAAAAAGCGGGCGCCCGCUAUGCCCAAGGCGUACUUGGAGCGGCCAAGUGUGAGACAAGAGGAGCACGUUCCAUAUUCCAUGGCAUUGCAGAUGCUCAGAGUCCAGGCCCAAGCAGCGGGUCGAGCGCCAGACCACCUGAAGGUGCCUUCGCUUCAAUUAGAUGGCUUGGUGGUGGAGAACGAGGCGGGCGACCUGGAGAAGUUGGGUUCUGAUGUGGGCGGAUUUGGACCAAGCAGUGACCCUGGAGAAGCUCGAGUCUUGGGAGGGCCUUCAGUCCUCAGAGGCAUGCAAUGUUUUCAGGCUGUGGAGUGCUUGGCGGCUGUACAGUUCUUCUUCAAGGUGGACGUGGUGGUCGGCGUGGAGGAGACUGGUCGUCAGACCGGUUCUGGGAAGUCACUGGUGCGUCGCCCAGAGACGAUCGUUUUGAGGGAUGCUUCCCACACCAUCCGUGACAUCGAGCGGGUAUGUCGGCUCUCUGCGACGGAUGACACCAACAACGGCACCGUGGACUGCAAGGGUGUGGAGUACAACACCGAGACGCACCGGUCAGGUGUUCGUCCUGCGGCCUUCGGCGUUCCGGCUCCGCAUGGCUCCGUGGCAACAUGGCUCAGGUGUGAACUCUGGACUCAGCCCAUCUUGUCUCAUCGUAGCUGCAUCACCGGACAGAAUUGCCCGGAGGCAAGUGAUGGCGGUGCCCGCUUCUCCCGCUGGCCAGACAUUUUUUCAGCGCAGAUGUCACCAAGGACCCACUUAGGUGAAAGCAAUCGAAACGACCUCCGCCCCGCUCCUCCGCUCUGCUCCGUCCGGGAGCGCCGGGACGCGCCCUUGGCACCCGGCGGCCUGAUGCAAGUGGAGCGGACAUGGGCCGUGGAACCGCCGCGCAGUGCCAAGAGCAUCUAUCAGUCCUCCACCACGACAGGCACCUUCCUUCGGCCCACAACAGCACCGGUGACCACACGCUUUGAUCCCGUGCCCGGCCUGCCGAAUCUCGUCUCCGGAGUUCCGGCCUCACCGCGCAGCAAGCGCUUGGUACCCCAUGCGCACAGGAUGCCAAGCAUUCCGGUCCGCGGCGCGACGCCCCGUGGGCCUUGGGCUGAGUGCACCACUAGCCCAAGAAAAGGAGCCUGGCCCCGGCAGGGCACCGAGAACUCGUUGAUGUUUAGGAAUCCCUUGGAAAGACGUGCGGCUCAUGAUGGAUGGGGUGAGGACGUGUCCCUUUGCGCUUCUCCAGCACCUGGCCCACAAGCACAAACAACACAGGCCACCAGCGGCUCAGAGCUGCCCACGCUGCAGCUCAGGUGA